AUGAAGCACCAGGGCGAGUGGCGAGCUCUCAACAUCAAGCACAAAGAAGCCGCGGUUAAGGUCAAAUAUGCACAAGUGGCGUGCAGGCAGAUGGGCUGUGGCUCUGUGGUUUCCAUAUCAGACAACACCAGCAACACUGACCAGCAACCAGCAUGGGAGGUUAAUUUCCCCUGCCAAGGCUCUGAGUCGACUCUGAAGGAGUGCAGAGGCACUAGGACACGCAGCAGAGUGCAGGGGAAAGAUACAUCUCCCUUCAGUCUGGACGUGAUCUGCUCAGAGUCGGUGAGGUUAGCGGACUCAUCGGAUGUCUGUGCAGGCAACGUGGAGGUGAAGGUCGAUCAGGGUUGGGCCCCAGUGUGUGGGGAUGGUUUUGACUCUGAGGCUGAAAAGGUGGUCUGCAGGGAGUUCGGCUGUGGGCCUCCAGGGUAUAGUACACGGCCACUGGAAAAAGGAGAAGGACCGGUCCUAAGCAAAGAAUUCCAGUGUAAAGGCAACGAGUCUCGCCUUGAAGACUGCGCCAGUUCAGCCCGCAACGACUGCAGAUCAGCUCCUUGGAUUUCAUGCACUGAUCUUCCUGAUGUGAGACUAGUGGGAGGAGAAAGUCACUGUAAAGGUACACUGGAGGGAAAGAGGGAGGGAGAGUGGAGGCCCCUGAGUGAUUUGUGGCAUUUCUGGAGACUAGAACACUCCGCAGAGGUUUGUCAGCAGCUGGGCUGUGGAAGUGCCGUCUCAACAUCAAGGAGUCACCUUCCAAAGAGUCGAAGCGUGUGGCAGCUGUCGACUGACUGUGAUCGCGCUGGUUCAUUCUGUAAAUGGUGGGAAGAGUCCGGUUCGACCACAGUCAUGACUGUGGUUUGUUCAGAGGCUGUGAGACUUGAAGGGCCCAGCAGAUGCUCGGGAAAGCUGGAGGUGAAGUCUGGUCAGUCGUGGGCCUCAGUGUGCGAGUCAUCCUUCAGUAUAGAGGCUGCAGUCGUUGCCUGUCAACAUCUUGGCUGUGGGUUUGUCAAGACAUUCUAUACAAAGACAAAUGACCAAUUUCAAAAUACAGAGCACACCUGGAGUCCGAUCUUUAAAUGUGGAGGGAAAGAGAAGCAUCUUCUUGAUUGUCCCUCCACCAUGCUCAACGUCACAGAAGAGGAACAAAGCCAGUGUGAACGUCCUCCUAAACCUCGUAUGGACAUAUAUACCUUACAGGAGCAUGAUUCUGACAACGUCAGAGAGCUUCUCAAAGGCCAGCGCUUUGCCAUCUCCUGCUCCUAUUUUUCAUCUUACAACAUAUUCUCCAUCCGCCUCAAGUAUGAUGUCUACAGUGAACACCCGACUGUGCAGACACAGACACCUGUUAAUGGGACUGCUGUCUUCCUCUUUCCUCCUGCCGAGGAUUCCCACCAAGGAAGCUAUCAGUGUGAUUACAACUAUGAUUUCAGUCCAGACAUUUUCUCUGAGCUAGGUCAUGUCUAUCUCACAGUAACAGAGCCCAGUAAUGUGAGGUUAGUGGGAGAAGGCCAACGCUGUGCUGGUGGGCUGGAGGUGAGGCAUCGUAAAGAGUGGAGACCAGUAAGCUACCUGCAGUCCUGGAGUAUGAAGGAGGCAGCUGUGGUGUGCAGACAGCUCAACUGCGGCUCGGCUGUGUCGACCGGCAAAGUUGAUAACUGGGCUGGACCUCUGCGUGCGUGGCGCUUUUAUUCUGAUUGUCACGGCUCUGAACGUUCACUGAUGGACUGUGGGACACUGAAGAAGUGGCGUUCUUCUUCUGCUGUUCAAGUGGUCUGCUCAGACGUUCUGCUUCAGCCUAAUAUAACGUUUUACUCUGGAUUAACUGAGGACCAGCAGCAGGAUGUACAGCUCUACAGGGGCUACAGCUUCACUGUCAGCUGCUCUGUGGAGCCACAGUACCCUGGAGGUCACUUCAGCCUCAUCUUCACUGGCUUCAACCAAACCUACAGCCAGACCCAAGCAGCUGUCAAUCACUCUGCCCACUUCCUGUUUACUGCUGCAGACACGACGCACCAAGGGAACUACAGCUGUGUUUAUCACAACUUUAUUUUCAGUCACAACUUCUCCUCUGAGAGCCAGAGCCUCUCUCUCACUCUCUCAGACCAUUUGGACGUGAUGUUGGAUGAUGGAGUGUACAGAGAGGACGAUAACUACACCUGCUGUGCUGGGACACUGUUUGUGUCCAGAGGGGAUGACAUGAGACGGCUGAGUGCAGAGUCCACAGCCUGGGACCUGAAGCAUGCUUCUGUGGUGUGUAGACAGCUGGACUGUGGUUCUGCCAUUUCAACCAAAGAGAUCGUUCUUCCCAACAAGGAACAUCUGUGGCAUUUCUUCUCUGACUGUGAUGGAUCCGAGUCGGCACUUCUGGACUGUGGAGCUACAAAACUGUGGUUUUCCUCUUCUGCUAUUGAGGUGGUCUGCACAGGGCAGCAGGGGGACACAGGCAAGAACUGAGGACAUGAAUCUGGAAUGUUAAAACAUGAAGGGUCCUCAUCCUGGAGAGGCUGACACAGCAAGAUACAAUCUACAUCAUGAUAGUGUUUUACUACUAACAUUAAAUGCAUUGAUCCACUCCAGAUGUUGGCAUGAAAAUGGUGAUGAACAAUAGAUGACCUUUUUGUUUUAAUCCAGAUGACACUGACACUGUGACCCAUUCUAACUUAAUGCUUUAGUGCUUACUCAUUACUCACUGCAUUUCAGGACCUAUUUCUAAUUUCUGACACAUACACAGCCUCUUUGGAGUGUCUAUGUUCUGGACCUUUUGUUGCAGUAGAAGGAAAAAAAGGGUCUUGAGAGUCAGCCCAAGUCCACAGAGCGUGCAACAUUAAUGGCUGCCGUGUUUAGCAGGCUACUGAAUUUAAACCUCGUACCUCAGCUUAACCUCCCUGCUCACUGCCUCCUCUAAUUCUCAUUUAAACUGUCAGUAUUACACAGAUCUGAUACUCAGUCAUGAAUCUGAAUACGCACUGCUUAAAGUGAAGUGACUCAUUGUUCCAAAGACCCAUACUUCUGAUUCAACACUUCAAAAUAAGACACUAAUUUGUAUACAAUAAAAAUAAGACUCGUUGAAUUACAUGAAAACAUUCUUAUAUUCCUUUUUAUGCAACCACCUGAAGAAGGUACAUAAGAUCCAUCCAGCUUCAUUACAUAUUACAAAGUCUAAAGAAUCCAAUGCUCUGAUGUUACGUACCUUAAAGCAGUUAUUUGUGACUUAAUAAAAUGGCUUA